GGUCUACUGUUGUCGUCGCCGAAACGCCUUUUUAAUAUCGCUACUGUUUAUUUUAAAAUGUUUUACGAAAUAUUCCGUUCACAGAAAUAAAAAUGUUGUACUUCCAAUUAAACGCAACUUCCUGAAAAUCGCAAAAAAUUAAUAUCCAGCAAGAAAAAACAGAAUUUACAAUCGCAAAAAUGAGCCUCGUGCAAAGAUAGCCGAUGCUCAAAAUUUAACUCCCACUAAAAUUUCUUGCCACACUCUUUUUUUCUCCCUUCCCCCGUUCGCCAUGCCAAAGAAAAAAAGAAAGCCUUAUCGCAGGUUUCACGGUAAAAUGUCACACUUGGGACGGAUAUUUUGUUUUAAAACGCCGGCAGAAAUAUAUGACAUAUGUGAGAACCCGUGUUUGUUUCCAAAGUCAACAUUUGAUAUGGUGUCAAAUAGCCAAAGUUCUCAAUUUCACUCAUCAGUGAAACGUCAUAGGCCGCGGCUUAUGAGAACAUAACUCAGUUUACAUAUCUACAACGUGGUGUGUCUUAGCUGCUUUUAGCCUAGCAUCUUCUGUUUACCGUACGAUGUUCCGUGUAGCCCUUGCUGGUUUGAUUGCCCUGACGCAAAUCGUUUUGGCGGAGUCGAACAGCAAAGCCGAAGAAUUUUUGACCGAAUUCAAUCGCCGAGCACCUUUAGAAGCGAACGCAAACGAGGUCGCGAGUUGGAAAUAUUCCACCAAUCUUUCGUCCAGCGAAGCAGCAGCGGCCACCAAAGCAGCCAGCUUAGCUUUUGACACAUUUUUCGAAGAAGCUAAGAAGAAUGCUUCCCAACUGGGCAACGUGGAAGAUUUGCCUGAAGAAUUUCAGCGACAAAUCAAGCUCAUUCGCGAGUCUUCGACGCUGAAGGAUGUGCAAAAACGGGAAGAACUAGCCAGCUUAAAGAUUCAGAUGCAGAAAAUUUACAGUUCAACUGAAGUUUAUGACCAAGCAACAGGAAAAAACUUAUCGUUGUCUCCAGAUUUAACUGACAUCAUGGCUUCCUCACGGAAGUUUGCCGAGUUGAAAAUGGCGUGGCAAGAAUGGCGUGACGCGGUGGGUCCGAAAAUUCGCCCGCUCUAUGAACAAUACGUGAAAUUGUCGAAUGAGGGAGCCCGAGAUAACGGUUACUCUGACUACGGCGCUUAUUGGCGGUCAUGGUAUGAGGUUGAUAACCUUCCAGAACUCGUAGAAAACCUCUGGAGAGAUCUAGAGCCAUUUUAUAAAGAAUUACACGCAUAUGUUCGGCACAAACUUGCCAAAGAAUACCCUCAAGUAAGAGAAGAAGAUGCGAUCCCGGCACAUUUGCUCGGCAAUAUGUGGUCUCAAUCUUGGGGGGAAAUUUACCCCUUAGUCGAGCCAUACAGCGUUAAUUCAAGUCUUGAUGUGACUAAAGCCAUGCAAGACAAAAACUAUACGAUCGAAGAAAUCUUUCGAAUUACUGAAUCGUUUUUUGUGUCCCUCGGGAUGGAGAAACUUCCUGAGAAAUUCGUGGAGAGAUCUCUGAUCAGAAAACCCGAAGGAAUAGAUGUCGAGUGCCAUGCCUCUGCCUGGGACAUGUAUGUGAAGACUAAAGAUGGAAAAAAGGACGUGAGGAUCAGACAGUGCACGGAAGUCACGGAAUACUGGUUUGUCACGACACACCACGAGAUGGGUCACAUUUACUACUACCUGUUCUACUGGGACCAGCCAUACAUCUUUCGCGAUAGCGCCAACCCAGGAUUCCAUGAAGCUGUGGGUGAUACCCUGUCUCUGUCGGUCUCCACACCUCAGCAUCUUGUUAAGAUUGGGCUGUUGAAUAAUUAUGUCGAAGAUGAAGAGGCGGACCUAAACUCCCUGAUGAAGAUGGCGCUAGAAAAGGUUGCUUUUCUUCCGUUUGGGUACUUGAUUGACCAAUGGCGGUGGAACGUGUUUGACGGAAAAAUCAAACCGAGCGAGUAUAACACUGAAUGGUGGAGACUGAGAACUAGAUACCAGGGAAUCAAACCGCCUGUCGUGAGGUCCGAGAACGAUUUUGAUCCUGGGGCCAAGUUUCAUAUACCAAACGAUGUGCCGUACAUAAGGUACUUUGUCAGUCACGUGCUACAGUUUCAGUUCCACAAGGCUGCCUGUAAGUUAGCGGGCUUUGAGGGCCCUCUUCACCAGUGCUCUAUCUACAAGUCGACCGAAGCGGGCAGAAAAAUCAGCGAGAUGCUCGAGCUAGGCAAGAGCAAGCCGUGGCCCGACGCCCUAGAAAAGCUCACCAACCGGAGGACCAUGGAUGUUGGUCCCAUGAAAGAGUACUUUUGGCCCCUGUACCUGUGGCUUAGAGCCCAAAGAUGCGCCUUGAAUUACACAAUAGGUUGGCCCGAGAAUCCCGGCCCUGUGUAUGACCCAUGCGUGAUUCCAACGACUUUGCCGGACACUGAUAGCCCAACAACCCAACCAAUUAAGGGAGCGGCGCAUGCUUGGUCUUUGAACACCGCUGGUACAUUAAUAAUAGCUUUACUUUUCGUCCUUGUUGGUUUAAGGGUACUGGUACGCGAUAUCUCCACGUCGCCUGCCUAUUGUAUACACUGGAACGCCCACCAAUUGAAUUUCCCGGAUUUUGCGGUCAACGUUUGCAGAAGCAGCGCAAUGGAGCUCAAAGUUCCGUUUUUCCUUGCCCUUGUUGCGGUAUUCGGACCGUUUCUUCUCGAGGCUGCUCUUGAUCAAGCAGAGGAAGACAACGCGAAGGAAUUCCUCGCUAAAUACAACAGUAUCACACCGCAGGAGGACUACAAGUCGACCGUGGCCUCUUGGAACCACGCUACAAACCUCACCGAUUACAACAAAGCGCUCAAGACUAACGCGAGCUUAGCGUUCUCAGCCUUCUACAAGAAGAUGCAAACGAAUGCGUCCGUUUUCGACACUUCUAAGCUUUCCUACGACACUGCCAGACAAAUUAAGAGAAUCACUGCCUCAGCUACACCGAAAGACGAGGAAACUCUAAAGAAACUCACCAUGCUCGAGUCGUUAAUGGAGGAAAUUUACAGCACGGGAAAAGUUGAGGAUUCAAACGGGGACCAAUUAGAACUAGACCCUGACCUGUAUGCGAUCCUAUCGAAAUCGCGCGACUACAGUCGAUUAUUGUUUGCUUGGAAAGGCUGGCGAGACGCAGUUGGCCCGAAAUUACGACCCCGCUACAAGGAAUUUGUAGAAUUGUUGAACACAGGCGCGAAAGAAAAUGGCUGGAGAGAUAUUGGUGAGUAUUGGCGGUCCUGGUACGAGGUGGACAACCUGCCAGUCAUCGUGGAGGGAUUCUGGAACAAACUCAAACCGCUCUACCAAGAGUUGCAUGCUUAUGUUCGCUACAAGUUGAGCCAGAAGUAUGAAGAAAUGUCGCCUGAAGGUCCCAUCCCUGCGCAUCUCCUCGGCAAUAUGUGGGCCCAGUCCUGGGUGAAUAUUUACGAAUUGGUCGAGCCCUACAAAAAUCAGUCAAGCUUGGAUGUAACCGCAAACAUGGUCAAGAAAGAGUAUAACGCGACCAUGAUGUUUAAACUAGCGGACUCGUUUUUCCAAUCGAUCGGCCUCGAGGCGCUACCGGCAUCGUUCUAUGAAAAGUCUAUGAUCACCAAACCUAAAGACCGUCAGGUCAUUUGUCACGCAUCCGCCUGGGAUUUCGCCAUAAACAAAGACGUAAGGGUCAAGCAAUGUACCAACAUUAAUCACAACGACUUGGUAACCACCCAUCAUGAGCUGGGCCAUAUUCAGUAUUACUUGCAGUACUGGGAUCUACCUUUCGAGUACCGCACUGGCGCCAACCCAGGAUUCCAUGAGGCCGUUGGUGACACCAUGUCACUGUCGGUUGAUACACCACAACACUUGAAGAAAAUUGGUCUGUUGGACGCUUACAGCAAUGACUCGAAAUCAGACAUAAACGCCCUAAUGAAGAUGGCGCUGCGUAAAAUCGCUUUUCUACCGUUCGGGUAUAUGAUCGAUCAAUGGCGAUGGAAGGUGUUCAGUGGGGCCAUCACUGACGCGAACUACAAUGCCGAGUGCGACAUUGACUUUAAUUAA